AUGGAGGAAAACAGCAAAGCUGGACCUGUCAGUGCACGUUCAGUGCCAUUGGUUGAAAUACGUUUGAAUUUUCUCUCCAGGAAUGAAAAAGUGCUCAACUGCUUAUACCAAAACCCUGAUGCCAUGUUCAAGCUGAUCUGCUUUCCCUGGGCAGGCGGAAGCUCCACUCAUUUUGCUAAGUGGGGCCAGAUGUGCCCUAGCCUUCUGGAAGUGCACUCCAUAAGGCUGGCAGGGAGGGAGAACCGGCACACCGAGCCCUUCGCCAGCGACAUGCACCAGGUGGCAGAUGAGAUUGUCUGCGCUUUGCUGCCGAUCCUCCAGGAUAAGCCGUUUGCCUUUUUUGGCCACAGCAUGGGAUCCUAUAUUGCUUUUCUGACCGCCGUGUGCCUGAAAGAGAAACACAAGCUAGAACCCAUUCAUUUAUUUGUGUCCAGCUCUACUCCCCCUCACUCAAAGGCCCGGCGCCGUCUACAGGAAACCGAAAAUGAAUUAUCUGAGGAUCAGAUGGUUGGUCUCCUUAAGCUGUUUGGCGGCACCAACGUGAAUGUUUUUGAUGACAAGGAAUUUCUCAAAAGUUAUGGUCCCAAACUGAUGGCAGAUGCACGCCUGGUUAGCAAUUACGUCUACGAUGCACCCUCCAAGGCUGUCCUUUGCUGUGACUUGACUUGCUUUGCUGGAUCUGAGGACAUCACACAGGAUCUAGAAGCCUGGAAAGAUAUUACCAGUGGCAAAGUUGACAUUUGCGUGCGCCCUGGAAAUCACUUUUAUUUACUGGAACCCAGAAACGAGGCCUUUGUGCAAAAAUAUAUCACCAAGUGUCUGGAAGUCUCCAUACUGGCCUAUCCUUAG